UUCAACUAAAAUCACUCAUCCCAAACAAUGUCUUCUUCUUCCACUACUCUACCAUUAUGCACCAACAAAACCCUCUCUUCUUCCUUCACCAACUCAUCUUUCUUAGCAAAACCCUCUCAACUUUUCCUCCACGGAAGGCGUAGUCAAAGUUUCAAGGUUUCAUGCAACGCGAACAAUGUUGGUGAGCAUGACAAAAACCUUGAAGCUGUUGAUAGGAGAAAUGUUCUUUUAGGCCUAGGUGGUCUCUAUGGUGCUGCUAAUCUAGCACCAUUAGCCGCCAAUGCUUCUCCUAUACCACCUCCUGAUCUCAAAUCUUGUACUAAAGCCCAUAUAAAUAAAGACGACGAGGUGUCAUACAGUUGUUGCCCUCCUCAACCCGAAGAUAUUGACAACAUUCCGUACUACAAGUUCCCUUCUAUGACUAAACUCCGCAUCCGCCCCCCUGCUCAUGCAGCGGAUGAGGAGUAUAUUGCUAAGUAUCAAUUGGCUAUUAGUCGAAUGAGGGCACUUGAUAAAGACCCUUUUGACCCUAUUGGGUUUAAGCAACAAGCUAAUGUACAUUGUGCUUAUUGUAACGGUGCUUAUAGAAUUGGUGGAAAAGAGUUACAAAUUCACUUCUCUUGGCUUUUCUUUCCUUUUCAUAGAUGGUACUUGUACUUCUAUGAGAGAAUCUUGGGAUCGCUCAUCGAUGAUCCCACUUUCGGUUUGCCAUACUGGAAUUGGGAUCAUCCAAAAGGUAUGCGUAUACCUCCCAUGUUCGAUAACGAGGCAUCUUCUCUUUACGAUCAAAAUCGUAACCAAAAUCACCGGAAUGGAACCAUAAUUGAUCUUGGUCAUUUCGGUAAAGAGACUCAAAUACCUCAACUCCAGAUAAUGACUAAUAACUUAACUCUAAUGUACCGUCAAAUGGUAACUAAUGCUCCAUGCCCCUCCCAAUUCUUCGGUGAGCGUUACUUUCUCGGAGUUGAUCCUAAAGCUCAGGGAACUAUUGAAAACAUCCCUCAUACUCCCGUCCACAUCUGGACAGGUGACACACCUAGACAAAAACAUGGUGAGGACAUGGGUAAUUUCUACUCAGCCGGUUUAGACCCGGUUUUCUACUGUCACCACGCUAAUGUAGAUCGGAUGUGGAAUGAAUGGAAACUAAUAGGCGGGAAAAGAAGGGAUAUAUCUGAUAAAGAUUGGUUGAACUCGGAAUUCUUUUUCUACGACGAAAAUCGGAACCCGUUCCGUGUGAAAGUCCGUGACUGUUUGGACAGUAAAAAAAUGGGGUACGAUUACGCACCAAUGCCUACUCCAUGGCGUAAUUUUAAACCAAUCAGAAAGGCUACAGCAGGGAAAGCGAAUACCGGUGCAAUUCCACCGGUUUCCAAGGUCUUCCCAUUAACUAAACUAGACAGAGCCAUUUCAUUUUCCAUCAAUAGGCCGUCUUCGUCAAGGACUCAACAGGAGAAAAAUGAAAAAGAAGAGAUACUAACAUUCAACAAUGUAAAAUUUGAUGAUACUCAAUACAUAAGGUUCGAUGUGUUCCUGAACGUGGAUAAGACUGUGAAUGCGGAUGAGCUUGACAAGGCGGAGUUCGCGGGGAGUUAUACUAGCUUGCCACAUGUUCAUGGAGAUAGUACUGCAAAUAUUACCAAUGUUACUUUCAAGCUGGCAAUAACAGAGCUUUUGGAGGAUAUUGGAUUGGAAGAUGAAGAAACUAUUGCGGUAACUUUGGUUCCUAAAGAAGGUGGCGAUGGUGUAUCCAUGUGUAGUGUGGAGAUUGUUCUUGUGGAUUGUUAAGUCCGCUUUGGUGGCUAUGGUGCCAAAUUUUAUCUCUAGUGUUUGUGUUUGUGUUUGCGUUUGUGUGUUUUCCUAGUUAAUGCUACUUAUGGAAUAAAUGGUUGUCUUCCAUUCAAUUUUAUGUCAUUAUUCUCAUUUUAA